AUAAAAAAUUAUUGUGGACACUUCUCAAUCUCAUCAUCCUCAAUCGAAUAUUAUGCAGAUACAUGUGGAGUCUUACAUACAGCGGAUUGGCUAUAGUUUUUUUCUUGUUGCUUUCCUUUAUUUCCAAUCGAUAAAAAAAAAAACCCUAAAAAUAAAUAAAAUUGUGCUCCACGGCCAUUCCCUCCGCUGCUGUGCUGUGCUGCCUUCUUCGCCUCCCUCCCAUCAUCACAUUGAGCCGUUGAGGCUUUUAUCUUUCAUUUGAAUUCUGCAGCUCUGAGGAAAGAUCAUCAGGCUGUAGAGAAGAAUGGCAGAAACUAUUUCUAGCUUUUGGGGUCCAGUCACAUCCACCAAAGAGUGUUGCGAAGAAAAUUAUGUACAUUCGUCUUACAUUGCAGAACUUUAUAACACUAUAUCCAAUAUUCCGGCAAUCAUUUUGGCUUUGAUUGGUCUUAUAAAUGCUUUAAGACAGCGAUUCGAGAAAAGGUUCAGUAUCCUUCAUCUAUCAAACAUGAUACUUGCCAUUGGGAGUAUGUUGUACCACGCCACACUGCAACGAGUGCAACAGCAAGGGGAUGAAACUCCUAUGGUGUGGGAGGUGCUGCUGUACAUGUACAUCCUCUACUCUCCAGAUUGGCGUCAUCGCAGUACAAUGCCCAUCUUCCUAUUUUUGUAUGGUGCUGGUUUUGCAACUGCCCACGCAGUGUUCCGCUAUGGUGUUGGCUUCAAAAUUCAUUAUAUUGUUCUAUGUCUGCUCUGUACUCCAAGAAUGUACAAGUAUUACAUUUACACUCAAGAUGUUUUAGCCAAGCGGCUAGCUAAGCUAUAUUUAGGUACUCUUCUGUUAGGCAGUUUGUUUGGGUUUUGUGAUCGUGUUUUCUGCGAGGAGAUAUCGCGUUGGCCUAUUAACCCUCAGGGUCAUGCUUUGUGGCAUGUCUUCAUGGGUUUCAAUUCCUACUUUGCAAACACAUUCUUGAUGUUUUGCCGUGCUGAACAGCGUGGGUGGUCUCCAAAAGUUGUUUAUUUAUUGGGUGUUUUACCUUAUGUGAAGAUUGAGAAACCAAAAAGCCAAUGACAAAUUUGGGAAAAGAAGGAAGCUUCUUUCUCAUGAUACAUUCUAGCUAGACAAGUUGUUUACAAAAUUAUUUAAUGGGUGUCUUUAUUUCCGAUUACUUCUUUUUUUUACUUCUUUUUCAGUCUGAUUUUGAUUGGCUUGAGAAUGAUGAUGAAUAUUUGCAUAUUUUGUUGUAGAAGCAGGACAUGUACCCUAUUGAUCCCAUUGCUUCCUGUGUUUUUGUUGGGCUUCGGGUUGAAUUAAUCCUCACACUUCAGCGGUAA